GUACACCUGAGAUCGUUAACUAGCAAGAGUUUGUUGUUGCUUUAGCAUCUGCUGCUAAAUUAUCUUUUAUUUGUCGUCAGAUUGAGGUUGAUACAUUGUUUACUAGUUGUUUAAUGGUGACAAGGGAUUGAAUUUAGUUAGAAAGAAGUCAAACUUACAGGAAUUAAGACAUUUCGGACGUUUUCUUCCAGAGAAAAUUAGCUGCCUCGCCCACUAGCUAGUUUAGCUCUGUCACUGGUCACAGCUAACAGCCCAUGAAGUCCAACUAGCUGAUUAAUUCAAGCAAGCUCACCUCAAGUGAUGCAACUGAGGUGAAUCUGUUGACGCAUCAUGAUGGUGGGUUCCCAGUGGGAACUUCCUCCAGAGCUAUGCUGCCGGCCCAUGGCUUUUGUAGCUUUAACUGGUCUAGAUGUAGUCUACAAUGCCGUGCACCGGGCCAUCUGGGAUGCUUUCUGUGCUAAUCGUCGCGCUGACAGAGUCCCCAUCUCUUUCAAAGUUCUCCCAGGAGACCACGAGUAUCCCAAAUGUCGCACUAAGCGAACUUCAUACGAGUGGUAUAUUCCUAAAGGAAUCCUGAAAACAGGCUGGAUGAAUAAACAUCUGAACCUGGUCCCUGCUUUGGUAGUUCUCUUCUAUGAGCUGGACUGGGACGACCCGCAGUGGAAAGAGAAACAGUCUGAAUGUGCCACUAAGGUGGAGAUUGUCAGGACCAGUCUUCAGGGCAGGAACACCAAAGUGGCCGUGGUUUUAAUCCAGAAGAAAACCCCUCUACCUCCAGGAGAGGACCUGGUAGCAUCAGAGCGAGCACAGGCUCUUUGCAGUGCCUGUGAUCUGUCUGGGAAGAGCCUCUUCGUCCUGCCGCACACCGACCACUUGGUGGGCUACAUUAUCAGGUUAGAGAACGCCUUCUACGAGCACGCUCAGACAUAUUACUACACAGAGAUCCGCCGUGUUAAAUCCCACAAAGAAUUCCUCAAUAAAACAACACACCAGCUGCUGUUCGUCAGACACCAGUUUAAAAUCGCUUUCUUCAGUGAGCUGAAACAGGACACCCAGAACGCUCUGAAAUACUACAGAACUGCAUACAGUCUUGUCCAUGAGCUCCGAGCACACGAGACCAACAUAUUAGAGAUAAAAACUAUGGCUGGAUUUAUCAACUACAAGAUCUGCCGCCUGUGUUUCCAGCAUAACACACCUCUGGAUGCUAUCGCUCAGUUCCGGAAACACAUUGACUUGUGUAAAAAGAAGAUCGGUAGCGCGGAGCUGGCCUUUGAACACUCUGCUUGGAUGUCUAAACAGUUCCAGUCGUUCGGUGAGCUGUUUGAUGAGGCCAUAAAGCUGGGUCUGACGGCCAUCCAGACCCAGAACCCUGGUUUCUACUACCAGCAGGCUGCCUGUUACAGCCAGGACAGGAAGCAGCUGGCACAGCAGCUCUGUCAGGCUGGAAUGACUUGUCCCUCGCCCGACCCGCUAGACAUCCAGACUGGAGGACUGGACUUUUAUGGCCAGAGACCCUGGAGACAAGGACACCAGAGUAUCGAUCCACCAGAUCCAGAGAAGGAGAAGACUGGGGUUCUAGCCCUGCAGAUCAAGGAGAGAGAUGUACCACAUUCAGAGCUCAUCAUCGCCCUUCUUAGCAACGCUGUCGCCCAGUUUAAGAAGUACAAGUGCCCUCGAAUGAAGAGUCACCUCAUGGUCCAGAUGGGGGAGGAGUACUACCAUGCAAAAGAUUACACCAAAGCCCUCAAACUGCUGGACUAUGUGAUGUGCGACUACCGUACAGAGAGGUGGUGGGGUCUCCUGACGGCCAUACUGACCACAGCUCUGCGCUGUGCUUAUCUGAUGGCCAGUGUGAAGGACUACAUCAUCUACUGCAUGGAGAUGCUGGGCAGAGCUUCUACCCUUAAGGAGGAACAAAAGUCCAGGAUUGAGAAGAAUCUCUUCAAAGUCCUAAUGAACGAGGUCCCGGACUCCGAGCCUGACUGUGAUCCAUCCUCUGUGAGUGCUGCCAGGUCUCUGUGGACCGACCGCAUGGCUCUGGCUGGAUCCAAUGAGCUGACGAUAGAAGUACAGGACUACAUCCCUUUCAUCCAGUGCAAGGCCAGAUUCCAGUCUCCCAGUUUCCAUGUGGACCAGCCCAUCCAGCUGCAGGUCUUCCUCCGAGCUGACUGUCCUCAUCCCGUUAGCUUCAACAAGCUGGCUGUCAGCCUUAGUAACCAGGAGUACAACCAGUGGUGUGUGGUGGAGCCUUCAGGCCAGGACAGGAUGAGCCUGUUACCAGGAAAAACCAAAUCCUAUGACUUCAGCUUUGUGGCAAAAACUGAAGAUGUUGGGAAGAAGAUAGAGAUGACCGGUAUUGAGGUGAUGCUGGGCAGCGACAGUGGCCGCUGUGUGUUUCUGAGCUGGAGAGGGGCCGGAGGAGAUGCCGCCUCCACCCACGAAGCUCUGCAGGCCAGCAGGUCGUCACGGCGAUGGGGGCGCAUCACGGAGGCCCGUCAGGAGCUCGACUGGGAUGGUGUGACGGUGCAGCACAGCACCAUGAUUAUCUCCAGAGUCCCAAAGAUCUGCGUUCAGCUGAGCCACCAGCCUCCUGCUCUCACCAACGAAAUGUACUGCAUCAACCUCACCAUCCAAUCACAGGAGGAGGGCGUGGCCAAAGAUGUUAAACUGACAGCUGGCCUCAAACCAGGCCAGGACGCCAACCUUGGCCAGACCACCCACGUAACGUUUGACGGCUCCGAGGUUUGUGGUGACAUCACACCAGCUCUGCUUCCUGACGUUCCUCUGGGAGAUCUGCAACCUGGACAAAAGCUGGAGAAAUGCGUAUAUGUCAGGUGCGUUUCAACCGGACCGAGGGUCUUCCUGUUCCACGUGGCCUACAGCAUUGACACGGCUGUGGAAGGACGGCAGAUCAUCUGUAAAUGUCAUAAGGACGAGACUGUAACUAUAGAGACGGUCGUCCCAUUUGAGGUGUCAGUCAGAUUUGUUUCCACCAAGUUUGAGCCGUUGGAUCAGGUAGCGGUGGACAUCCCCUUCCUGUUGAUGACGGACAUCCUGUCCUCGUCUCCGUGGCCUCUCCUCCUCACCUCCUCUUCCCUGCAGCUGCUUACAAUAAGCAGCAACACACCCCAGCUCCAGUCCCAGCUGCAGGAAGUUGUUCUGCAGACAGGCGAGUGUGCCAGCGAGUGUUUCUGUCUCCGAUGUCCGCCAGCGACCAACAGCAGUAACACUGUGGCUACAGGACAGUACCUGGUGUCAUGGAGGAGGAAGUCCAACAGUCCCGACAGUCCUCUCAUCCGGACCGCAGUCACGCUGCCUCACGUCAUCCUGGAGUCGGUGCCUCUCUACAUCUACGCGGAUUUGCCGUCGUUCGGCAGAGUCAGAGAGUCUCUUCCGGUUCGUUACCACAUCGAGAACAGAACGGCUCUGGUGCAGGAGGUGGAGAUGGCCGUCGAACCGUCGGAUGCCUUCAUGUUCUCUGGACUCAAACAGGUACGUCUCCGUAUCCUUCCUGGUACGGAGCAGCAGAUGCUGUAUAACUACUACCCCCUGAUGGCAGGUUACCAGACUCUACCGCAGCUCAACAUCAGCCUGCCGCGCUGCCCGGCCCCCAGCACACCUGGACUACGACGCUUCCUGCCACAGCGGAUCUUUGUGAAGCCUCAGGGUCGACAGCCGGACGACGUCUCCAUCGCUGCAGCUUGAGGAGCAAAUAAAACGUUUACUGUAAAUACCUGAAGAAAGCAGCAUCACAAUGUUGUUCUACGACUCCAGAUGUCAUCUUUAACUCCGUCUGUCACUGCUCUGUAAAAACACACCGCAAACACCAUCUUUCCACCAAACUGGAGAUAUUUGUUUGUAGUGAAAAACCAUGCCCAUAAAUGAACUGAUGCCCAGCAAAAGUCAUGUGUGAAAAUCAUGUUUGGUCAUCUAAAUCUGAUGGUUGAUGGUGUAAAUCUGAUGGUUGAUGGUGUAAAUCUGAUGGUUGAUGGCGUAAAUCUGAUGGUUGAUCGUGGAACUCUGAUGGUUGAUGGUGUAAAUCUGAUGGUUGAUGGUGUAACUCUGAUGGUUGAUGGUGUAAAUCUGAUGGUUGAUGGUGUAAAUCUGAUGUGAGCUGUCAGGAAAUCUGGGUAGUGAAAUAGAUCAGUGUGAUGGAAUGAUUAUACUGAAGUGAUAUAAGCUUUCUGUGUGUUAUUUUCUCCUGUUUCAUCAGAGGACAGUAAUAAGUAAAGGAUUUAAGUAUUUACUCAGGCCGGACUGCAGGCUUCAAAAUAUCCACAACAUCCCACUUGUAACACAGUCAUGGUGCUGUUUUAAUGUGUGAAAUUGGUUUUUACUCCAUUUGUCUGCAACAAAGUUAUUUAAAAACCAGUUGAUUGUUUGUUUUUAAUGAUACAUUUUAUUUAUAGCAUUUCUGGGCACAGAGAGCUCACAAAGACUAGAUAAUGAAGCAUAAAACAGUCAAUUUAAACACAUCAGAUGAUGAAACACAUUUUACCAUGUGAUGGAAAAUAUGAGCUGAAUCUGAUGGCAGCACAUCUGGAAAAGGCUGGAAAAGUAAAAAGUGGAGUAGCGUUUGACAACUAAUCACGUUAACUGGCAACAGACCAGUAACAUGACUGGGUAUAAAAGGAGCAUUUCAGAGGCAGAUCCCAGAUGGAAAGAUGUACAGAGAUUCACCAAUCUGAGACAAACUGGCUCUAAAACUGGAACAAUUUCAGGAAAAUGUUCCUCAGACUAAAGAUCCACCAUCUACAGAGUAAAUCGUUGUAUUCAGUUCAGUGUUGAAAUAAAACGGUCAGUUAGUUUCAGUUAAAGGUGGUAUUUCUGUUGGCGCAUCUGUUUCUGUGCGUGUUAAACCUCCACACGGUAGAGGGCGCUGCUGCUCCAGCCAGAGCCAUUUCAUGAGCGCGCCUUACGCUCGCCGACACGUAGUCACGUGGUUCACCAAGCCAUCAACACUUCCACUCAGCGCUGUCAAUUUGAACGGGUCCAUUUUCCAAUUUCACAAUAAUGUGAAUUGAUGACUGUACUGUCUGUGUAUUUUAUAAAAGGCUUUUGUUUGGAAGCAGCAGAGAGGCAUCACAGUUUCACAUUUCCGACAGAAACAACACCAUUAAUUUUCUGACUGUUGGGAAUGCUACACCACCUCCCGUCCAGAGGUUAGCGCCUGCUUGGGUUUACCUUCAGCUCUGCAUCCUUCAACACAUCCAUGAAAUUUCUGUUCCCAGGAUUGACUCCCGCUGUGGAAGACGUUCAGUCUGCUGUCGGAUGGAAAACCAGCUGAAUGGCAGAGCUGGGCUCAAACAAACAUUUUAAAGAAGUUUUAAAUGACUUGAAGGACAAUAAGUGGCCGUAGAUGCUUUGAAUUCUUCCAUUGCAUAGAAUACACCAAUAUUAUAUUACUUCCUUUUUUAUAUUGUUUCACUUUGUGUUGCGUGACCUGAAUAAAUUAAUCUGUAACCC